AAUCGCGGUUGUAGUGGGAGCAGGUUCAGAAGUUCGAGACUUCGUUGCCAUCUUGUUUAACAGCACAGAUAACUUAGCUAAAAAUAAUUGUGUACCAUAAUAUAAAGCCAUGGCAGGUCCACAACAUCUUUCAAAAUAUGAUACAGCUUUAUUGGGAAUUUUGCAACAUGAAGGAGAAUUGGAACCUUUUCUUGACGUUGUGUUUGGAUUUUUGUUUCGGAAGACUGACUUUUAUCAUGUUAUGACUGACACACAAAAGAAGUACGGUUUCCCACCGGGAGUUUCGGAAAAGCUGAUAAUGAAACACUUUAAAAAGUAUUCAAACUUAACAGCUAAAAUGGUGGAACAAGCAGGAAAACAAAAAAAUUUGGGUGGUGAAUCUCUCCCAGAACCUACUUCCAAAUCGAGCAAUGCGGAAAGUGAACCUGUAUCCGAUAAAAUUGAAACCCAACAAAAACCCGUGCGAACAAAACCAGCUGAAACGAAAGUUGCAACAAGUGAAACACCAAAUCCAUCAUCAGCGAAACUUACUCCUAUACAAAAAACGCAAGAAGAAUAUCAAAGUAAUCCAGAAAGCUACAAUGGUGCUGUACGUGAUAAAUAUACGUGGUCUCAAAAUUAUGAUGACAUUGACGUCAUUGUUCCUGUUGCAAAAACAAUAACCAAAGGGCGUCAGGUAAAAGUAACAAUUGAGAAGAAACAUCUCUUUGUUUCUGUAACUGACAUCGACGGAAAGACAGAUACUAUUAUGGAUGGAGACUUGAAACAUGAAAUUUUACGAGAAGAUAGCAUGUGGUCCUUGGAAGGUAGUAAAAACAUACAAAUCACACUGGCUAAAGAUACAAAAUUCUGGUGGAAUGCUCUCUUGAUGAACGAAGACGAAAUUGAUGUUCAAAAAAUUGCUCCAGAGCGAUCAAUGGCUGACAUGCAAGAAGAUGAAGUUGCUGUUAUAAACAAGCUGCAGUUUGAUGAGAAACAAAAAAGGCUUGGUCUACCACAAAGUCAUGAACUGAAAGUACAUGAAAUGCUGAAAAAAGGAUGGGAUGCUGAAGGUUCUCCUUUUAAAGGACAAGAUUUUGAUCCAAAAAUGUUCAAUAUUUCUCCGAGUGGUGUCCAGUAGCUCCUUGAAAUAUAUUAUGCUACUGUAUCUUUGUUUUAUUGGACAGCAAAUGUUUGACUGCCUUCCUUCAAUCAAUUAAACUGAACUGUUUGUCAUUAAAUCGUAUUACGAUUUUCUUGUUAUUUUUGAAGGUUUUAUGGAAUCAAUUAUCUUUUACCUUAUAAUCGGUCUAAAUUUCAAUUAUAUGGGGGGUUUCAUCAAUCGGAUGGAUACCUUAUAUGCCUAUAUUAAAUUGUUGCUGAAUAUAAUAUUUGGAUAAUUUUUUUCAUAAAUAACCAUAGUAAGUAACCAUAGCAACCAAUUGAAUAACCAUAGUUAUUUGCAUAUCGCUGGUAAUGUACAACUGGUUAUUUCUUUUUGCCAAUAGCCUAUCCAUAUUUUAUUAACUAGAGUUUCAUCUUUCAUGUUGAGCAAUGUUACAAAAUAGAUGCACGAACUGAGAUUUUUCUCUUUAUGAAAUGCUGAAAGGUAAUUUGUCUAUUUUGACAAAUAAAUUUCUAUUCCUUUUCAACCAUUGUCUGAAUAUUUUUAUACUUCUCAGUUCUGAUAUAGUGCUGCUUGAAGACAGCCUGUUGAAAUUCUGAUGAUAAAGAUUAAUUGUAUAACGAUCAACGCCAUUUACUUUUAAAUUGGAACAAUCUGAACAAAAUGUAAAGUCCCAAAUAUUAAUAUACCGAUGAGCGAAUGUCAGUAGAAGUUUUGAACAUAAAUAUCAAUUUUUUUGGCAAUUAGCUAAAUAUUUUCCACUUGUACAUUGUCUAUCCUUAUUGGAUAUUGAUUAAAUGUUUUCUUUUUUUAUUUACAUAUAG